GAUGAUUCAGCUCAAACUUUCUCCAGCAACAGCAGCAGCUCGAGCGCGCGUGGGACUGCGAAUACCUGACAGGGACUUUUGAACACUUUUACGGAAGAAUUUGAAAAGUUUAACAGGGUUCUAAAGACUCUAACGGAACUUUUUUCCCUAACAGGACAGGGUUUUGCCUGAUGAAAGAAUGCGAAUAAAGACUUUGGGAGUUGACAUGUUUGAAAGGUUCGACGCGUGAUUAGUAAGAAGAGUGUUUUUUCGGGUGUGUUUAGUAUCUAAACUACAAGUCUGGCUCAUGUCCUCGGAGACUAUCUUACUUCCGGAGGGGCCUGAAGGGCCAAAAAAGCAGCUCCAACAGGAGACAAGUCCACUUCUGUCCAACUCACCAGACAAACAAAACAGCUGCACUGAUGAAUCACCAGACACUAUGGAAACAUCCCAAACUCCACUACCCGGAGAUCACACUGCAGAUGAGCAGGGUCACAUGACCGGGGUGAACCACACUCAUGAUGACCUCGUUAGAAUUCAACCUCAGCCGCUGCCCCAGCCAACAACAUCCCUGCAGCAUGCCAGCAACAGGGAGGCUGCCAGCCAGCAGAACGGCCUGCACGCAAGGCUAAAUAACGGCCAAAGCAUGCCCUGCAGGGUCACGCAGCCCCCAACCGCCGAACCCAGAAAACAAUACCCGUCACCCGUCUCGCACCGUGUGCAGAGAAAGCUUCGCUCCAGUCUGUCCGUCAACAGUGACACCAGCCGAAGGAGUAAAAUCAGCUCUAUGGGUUCCCAUAAACCCGGCUCCAUUCCAGAGGACUGCUGUGUCCACUGCAUCCUGGCCUGCCUGUUCUGUGAAUUUCUCACUCUGUGCAAUAUGGUGGUGGCUCAGGCCUCGUGCGGCACCUGCACUUCAGAAGCCUGCUGCUGCUGCUGCGCAGAUGACCUGGGAGACGACUGCAACUGCCCUUGUGACAUGGACUGUGGCAUUAUGGAUGCCUGCUGUGAGUCGUCGGACUGCCUGGAGAUCUGUAUGGAGUGUUGCGGAAUCUGUUUCCCAACAUAAAAGCCCAUGCAGACUACAGCCAGGACAGAUAUAGAGUGGGAGUGUGUGUGUUUGUGUGUGAGAGAGAAUGAGAGCUAGAGAGUGUGUUCUUUUCACACUUGUGAAAUAUCUGUUCCUGAGCUUAAGACGACUAUGUAAAGGUCAUAUAAACUGUACAAAAGGACAACAAUACAUUGCAUACUUUACAUAACCUUGUAGACUAAAACUACAUAGACACUUAAUAUUUAAAGGGCUAAUUCACCCUAAAUAAAAAUAAUUGUCAUUGUUUGCUCACCAUGAUGUUGUUCCAACCCUGUAUGACUUACCUUCUUUUGUGAAAUGCAAAAGAUGUUUGGCAGUAUGUUAGUUUCAGUCACUAUUCACCUUAAUUUAAUAUUUUCCCACACAAUGAAUGUAAAUGGGGACUGAGGCUGUCAGUCUCUAGCAUUCUGCUUACAACUCCUUUGGUCAAAAGGAAGAAAGUUAUACAUGUUUAAGGUUGAGUAAAUAAUGGCAUAAAUUUUGGGUGAACUAUCCCUUAAGUCAGAUAUUUAGCACUUUAUAUUCAAUGCUUUAAUAUAUCAGAGCUUGUCUUUUUGUAUCCUAUUUUUAUCUCUUUGGAGAGGUUUUUAUCACCUUUAGUUUUUUUUUUUAAAUAUAUUUGACAUUUUAUAAAUUCAAUAACUCUCAGUUGUUGAAAUGAAUGCAGAGCAGACAUCACAUGACUUAAGGCUGCUUUGCACAUCACUGUAAUUUGAGUGGAAACAUAACGCAUUCACACUAUCAGAGGUCAAACCUUUGUUAGGUUUUAAGUCAGAUUCUUAUUUUGAACCGUUUCUUGAAAAAAGAGGGCUGUUUAAGUGAUAGCCAAUUUGGAAGUCUUUAUUAAGUAGUGUCUACUGUAGCUCAGUUCAUUAAAAGUCUCAACGUCCAAUGACAUUAGGUUGGUGGAAAUUCAUUUUAUGGUUGGAUAAAUUAACUGGAUACAUGCAAUAGUUUAGAAUGUACAGUGGUCCAAAUGUACUUGGACACUUCAGUCACACUUAAAAAUGUAUGAUAUAAUUGCAUUAGAUAAAAUGGCAAACCAAGUGCCGUGUCGCACGUGUCCAACUAGUAAUGGCAAAAAUUGCCCAGAAAAGUGAAGUUAGUUCUGGAGAACACUCUAGCAUCAUUUGUUUGCAGAUGCAAUUUGAUAGUAGUUUGUUAUCUAAUGCAAUGACAUUCAUACUGUACAUUUUAAGUAUGGCUAAAGUGUCCAAAUACAUUUUGCGGCCAUUGUAGAUGCAGAUAUGCAACUUGUGCUCUAUUUGGAUCAAAGGAAGGACAAAACAUGCAUGUGUGUUGUAUGAAACGAGGUAAUUAAGGUCUAGAAAAUACUGUGUAAACUUGACUUUUUAUUAUUCUUUAUUGAAUUGCUUUAUUCUUAUUCUUUAUUUACUCUGCUAAAUUUACAAUAGCAAAUCACUUUUUUGUCUUCUUUAAGUGAAUACUGGAUAUACUAUUGCAAAGUGUUGUUUUCCUUGACUGUUGAAUCAUACAUGUAGUCCAUAUGACAUUGCCUGAGGGUUUCUUUUUGCAAAUUGUAUAAAGCUGGCAUUUUUCUGCAUUAUGUAAGCUAUUAUUAACAUCAUAACGUUAACACUGUUGUUUUGUGUUCACAGUGUGUAAUACUUUCGGUACUUCAUAUGUGUUUGUGACUCGUCUGACUCAUCUCGUCGAAACUGCUUACGACAUACUUGCCAAACUGCACCUCUCAGAGUGUGACUGUACUGACCUGUAACAUUCAACUAAAAUAGGUUAACAAAUCAAACUACCUGACCUCUCCAGACUUCUUACCUCUCCUGAAGCAGACACUUGUUUUUUGACAAGACCCACUUUCAGACCUAACUGAUUAAGACUGGUUUUUUACACUGAAGAUUCAAAGCAAAUGUAUGCAGUAAUAUAGUUGUAUUAUUAGGCUUAUUGUUUAUGCUAUUCAUAUGAUUAAAACAUUAUUUUUUUUUAAUAGUCAGCUAAAGUCAAGCUGAAACUUGACAAGCUGACAUCACAUUCCUGAGAUAUUUGUUUGUUUCCAAAUUAAUUUAUUUCCCAGUUAAUUUUGUAGCAUUCAAGAGAGUUUUAAAAAAUUCAUACUUUUUUAAUUAAAAAACAAAAAUCUAGUUAAAAAUGAAAAUAACUUUUAGAGACAGUGGUUUUUAUUCAUAUUUAAACACUCAAAUCACGAUUAAUCAAAAUGUGUCUAUCAGGAGUUAAUUGCAAUUCCAGACGAUCAGAAAAAACACUUGUCUAUGAAAAAUGGCCUUUUAAAAUAAAAAAGAAAAUUUGUGCUAAAUAUGAAAAUCCAUGUGCCAUAAUUUUGAAAAAUUACUCAACAGAAUGUGAAUACAGCUUACCAUAUUUAUCUUUUCUCAAAAAGCAUUGUGUACUCAGAUGGAUGUUUUCAUGUUUUUCCUUUGUUGUCAGUACAGUUUUAAAUGUCUUCAGUAUGUACUUGAUUGUUAAUGGACCAAUAACACAUUUUUCUAAAAAUAAAAUGUUAAACUGGA